UCUAUAAAGUACAAUAUUCAAUCUUUGUCCUCUAUAUUUAUCUCUUGUGACUAAGCUUUUUUUAGUCUUUAAAACCCAUUCACUUCUUUUAUUGGCUGAGAACGUGUUUUGAAGUGUUGUUGUGAAGUUGCUUUUGAGAGAAAUUUUCGUUUUGCGCAAUUGAAAUUAGUUAGUGUUUGUUAGUCUUCAGAGAUCUUAAAAUAUUUUUAAACAAGAAUCCAUAUAAAAAUGGAUACCAAUAGCACUUUUAACUCAUUAUUGUUAAAUAUUUCUGAAAAUUGGAGAAGUCUUCUAAUAUUUUCUUUAAUAUUCUUCAUUUAUUAUCAUUUUACCGAAACAUUUGAUUAUUUUGAGAAACGAAAUAUAAAGUUUCGGAAACCCGUUAUAUUUUUUGGAAAUAGCUUUAGACGAUUAAUGGGUACAAUUUCAUACCCAAACUUUCAAUUAGAAAAUUACAAUUAUUUUAAGGGUGAAAGAGUCGGUGGUAUAUUCGAAGGCCGAAGACCAGUGUUAUAUAUCAUAGAUCCUGAUUUAAUAAAAUCAGUCCUCAUUGGAGACUCCGAUCAUUUUAUUGACAGAAAUUCGUUAAGAAGUAGAGAACCGAGAUUUUUGAGCCGAUCUCUCAUAAAUUUAAAAGGCGCAGAAUGGAAAGCUGUCCGGAGUUUGUUGACUCCGACUUUCAGUUCGUCGAGACUAAAACAUAUGCAACAUCUUAUACAACAUUGCUCGAAUCAAUUGGUGAAAUACCUGGAACAUUACGAUAAGAAGGAAGUGGAAUUAAAAGAUUUGAUGGGACAUUUGACUUUGGAGGUGACUGGGACUUGUGUUUUCGGAAUAAGUACAGAUGCUUUGAAUGACGAAAACGCUGAGUUUGUUAAAACGGCUGAGAAUUUCAAUUACAUGUCACUGAAGAAACGCUUCGGUCUCUUGUUCGUUUUAUUCUUUAUGCCAUCUCUAUUGAAAUAUUUGAACAUCUCGCUACUUAAUUACGAAGCUAACAAGAAGUUGGUGGACAUAUUGAUAAAUACGAAAUCCAAGAGGAUUCUGUCUAACACAAGACGUAAUGAUUUCCUGCAACUACUCGUCGAUGCUUCUUUGAAGGAAGAAAGUGAACUGUCACAUCCGGGUGCUAAAAGAUAUUUAGACGAGGAUACCGUGAACGCUCAGGCGCUGUUAUUCCUUCAAGCUGGUUAUGAGACCAGCAGUACGUUGCUAUCGUUCGCGAUACAUUCAUUGGCUGUACACCAGGACAUACAGGAGAAGCUGCGGGCUCAUAUACAGGAUGUUACCAAGGGGGAGGAGUUAUGCUACGAUCAUUUGACACAGUUGGAUUAUUUGGAGGGAGUUAUAUAUGAGACGCUGAGACUAUAUCCGUCGCUCAGCAGGUUAGACAGGGAAUGCACGAAACCUUACAUAAUACCGGGGACGUCUAUCAAAGUGAACAAGGGCGAUAUGGUGUCUGUGCCGGUGUACGGAGUGCACAUGGACUCCGACAUUUAUCCGGACGCGGAGAGUUUCAUACCGGAGAGGUUCAACAGCGACGCCGGUAAGAAGAAAUCUCACCUGUUCCUAUCGUUCGGCGCCGGACCUAGGAAUUGUAUCGGUUUGCGUUUCGCACUAAAUGUAGCGAAGACAACGCUAGUCAGUUUGAUAAGGAACUACAAAUUCUCGACCUGUGAUAAAACCGAGAAUCCAGUGACGUUUAACAAAAGAUCAAUGCUGCUAAAGGCAGAGAAGGGUCUGUGGGUCAGAGUGGAUAAGAUAUAACACAUGUAUUCAUAGAUAUUUAUUAUAUAUAGUUUCAUGUGCAGUGCUCAUUAUUUUUUGUGAAGGCUGCUAUAAAGAAACCUAUAGUAUUCCUGUACAAAUCUUCCACCGGUCUGAGUGGAUCGUUAUCUGGACCGAAUCGCUGUACCAUCACUCUGUAGAAUAAUAAUAAAUUAAUAUAUUUCAGUUAAGGUUUCAAUAUUAUGGAUUGGUUAGUAAUUAAUGUGUUUAUUACCUUUGUUGAUCGUUCAGACCUACAUUCGGUUGUCCCGGCCCACCAUGUAGUGGUGCAGCGGGAAUGAGUUCCAUACAGGGAUAUUUAUCCAAUACCCAGCUCACCAUUCCUUCAUUUUCCUCUACAGUAACUGUACAUGUACUGUAUACAAGCUUACCCCCGACUUUUAAAACUUUCACAGCCUAAAAAAUAGUUUAAACAAUAUAAAGAUUACAGUUAUGUGUAAGUACUAAAUGUUGGUCUUUAGAUUUCUGUAUAGACAAAAUAAUUGAUUUGUGAUCCAAUAGAUAACUAUAAAAAGAAUUUUUUUUACAGUAUUUGUGUUGAUUAAUCUAAAUUUUUACAUAUAAGUUUUUGUAUUUGAAUACACAUAAUACUCACAGAAUCAAAAAGCUUUCUUUGCACAAACUUAUAGGAUUGAAGCAUUUUGGCAGUCAUUUUAUUGUUCAAGAGAGGCCGUUGACCCAAACCACUGCAAGGAGCAUCCAAUAGCACUUUAUCAAAAGUGUUUGAUUUGUAUGGGGGCCCUUUUUCAUUGUUUGCUUCAUCAGAAUGACAUUUAGUUGAAUCAAACGCAAAUGUAUGAACACAGGUGACACCCUGAGUUUCGCAAGAUUGACGGAUUUUAAUAACUUUUUUAUCAGUUUUAUCAAUUGCUGUGAUGUGAGCCUAGAACAAGAUGAAAAGCUUACAAAAAAUAUUGCAUUAUAUUACAGAGUAUUCCCAAAUCUUGUGCAUGGGAAAAUGUGUACGGCAUUAUAAAUGUAUGUUUAAGAUAUUUUAUAUGUAAAAUUAGGAAUCGAUAAAUGUUAAUAAACAUAUGUACUUGGUUAUUGGACAUUUCCGCUAAA